CAGUCCAUUCCUUUUUAAAUAAGUUUUAAGUUGUUUGGUUUGGAUUUGUUUGCUUUUUGUGUUCUUUGUUUUUCAUGCAUUGAUCCCAAAUGUGUUUUGUUGUGCCUAGUCCUCGCCUUUGGAGGGUCAAUUAAACAUUAUGUGUUAUUGUAUAUUUGAGCACAUAUACUACUUCCUAUCAUCGCAGUUCUUUCUCUUCUCUUCUUUAUGGUAAACAUCUGCAGUAAACAUCAUCAGUUGCCAUUUUUCGCCAUAAUGAUUUCUCUCCUCUGGAAAUAUUCUGAGUGUCUUUCCUAAAAUAUAUCUCCCAGGAAUGAAUAUGUUCUUCAAACAUGUUCUGACCAGGACAUAGUAUAAGGAACGUAUCACCUCCCUCCACCUGGAUUCUAUGAAUUCUUAGAAUUCCACCUACAAUCAUAUUAAUUAAGACUUUCUCCUGGUGGUGUUGGCACAUACCAAGCCUGCCUUGAUAAGUCCCUGAUAUUUUGCACACAAAUUGUAUAAUCACAACAACCUGCUUUUAUAAGGCUGAUGUUUACUUAGCCCAAUGAUAGGCAGGAAAUAACCAUAGUAGGUGGAGAAAAGGUUGGGCAAGAAAUAAGCAGCACCUAUUUCUAGGCUAGUGAAGCAAAUAUCUGACUAGAAUGGGCCUUGUAUUCUGAGCAGUGUGAGAACUUUUGUUGGAUUAAGACUGUAGGCCUGAAGGUGAAGAAGCUUUACAGGCAGACAAUGCAAUUUAAUGCACCGCAAAAGAAGGGGACCAUUAAAAGUUUAUGUUCUAGGGAAUGAUAUGAACAGCAUCUUAGUUAAGGAAGCUUAGUAUGGAAGUAAAAGAGAAAGAAAAAUACAUGUCUCCCACUGUUUUCUUAGAAGUUUAGAGUAAAGAAUUAUUUAAAGAUCACCUCAUGGAUGUUUUUUGUUUUGUUUGUUUUGUUUUGUUUUUUCCCCUGCAAUGACAUGCCAUUUCAGGAAAAAUGUAAAGAAGCCUGGAAAUGAGAAGUGGAUUUCCAUGACUUGUGAAAAGGUGAAUUCUUCAUCUGGUAUCCUACUCCAUAGUCCUGAUGACAGCACCUUAAGUAAGACAGAUCAUUAUGCAUUCAGGCAUGCCAAGAAAACAUUAAAUGAAAAUAAUAAGGACAAAGGAGAGAUGUCUGAAGAUACACUUGAUGACAUCAAUCAAUCACUUGAAAGCAAUAGAAAGUUUUGUAAUUUACCUCCCUCAAAUUAUAUCGAGGAUGACAUUCCAGAAAAAAGGAAAGUACUUCCUGUAGCUAAACCAUCAGUAGAAUUUGUAAAUUCAGAAUUUACAAAACUCAAAAGAACUGUUCAGGAUUUACAAAAGAUGGUUAUUGGAAUGCAGGAAGAAUUGUUCCAAAGAAGGAAAAGUAAAGCACAGUUAGCUAGUGAAAAAGCAGAAUGUGAGAAAGAACUCUGUAGAAGCAGAUUGGAAGGUGAAAAACAAAACAGAGAAAAACUACAGGCACAAAUUCAUCACCCUUCUUGUGCAAGUUCUGCUGUGCUUGAACAGGAAUAUCAGACAUCAAAAGUAAAUCUUCAGCAAGAACAAGAUGAGUGGCUUCUUUUAAAGGUGGAGCUAAUAGAUAAGAUUGACAUCCUGUCAAUUCAGAUUUCUAAAAGUGAAGAUGAGAUCUACCAACUACAUAAUGCCCUUAAAAUGAACACAUUACUUUUAGAAGAAAUACAGAGAGAAGUUAAAGAGUGGAAAGAUGAAUUAAAAGAACUCAGAAACGAAGAUCAUAUAGAAAAGAAAAAAUGGAAUAGACCCCUUUUAAAACAAGAGUCCCUGCCAGAAACAUUAACCCAAAGGCAGAAGAAAAUCACGCUGUCUCAGGAACCAUUUGAAGAUUCCCAAAACAAAGCGGUCUUCAUAUCAAAGGGUGUCCAGGUGCCCUUUAAGGAUAGCCCUAUGACUUUUUGUGCUGACACUGAGAAAAAAGAUCCUGUGCUAGAAGAGAGAAAUAAAGAGUCAAUUGAUGAGAUAAGUAUCCCUUUAAGAGAGAAACUACGUAAACUUGAAAAUGAGGAGGCAAAAAGAAAGGAUGCAAUAAGAAAGCUUCCACAAGAACUUGCAGAUUCCCAAAAAAUGAGUUUACAAGAGAUUCUGUCUCAUCAAACAGUUUUAUACAUGAAGCAAAAACUACAGGAGAAAGUAGAUGAAACCACAAAUCAAAAAUCUCAAGAAGAGGAUAAGCAGAAACUGCAGUAUCUUAAGGAGAGGGGAGAUUAUAUACAAAAGCUUAAAAUGGAAAGUGCCAUAUUUGAAGAUUCAGAAAAGCAGCAAGUGGACAAGACCGAAAAUUUUCCCAACUGUUUUUUGCAAUUUCUUCUUGGUGGAGGAGAGAUGUCUGCAGAUACUCUUGAUGACAUCACUCAAUCACUUGAAACAGACCCAGAGAAUUGUAAUUUACCUCCCUCAAAUUAUAUCGAGGAUUCAUAUUACAUUUGGGGGAAAAAGAAGGCAUAUGCUAUAUAUAAACCAUUAAUAAAAUUUAAAAAUUCUCAAUGGGCAGUACUCAAAAAAAACAUUAAAGAUUUAGAAAAGUUGAGUAUUGCAAUAAGGGAAGAAUUGCCCCAAAUAGGAAAACCUCAAUCAGAAUUAAAGACUGAAAAAGCAGAACGUGAGCGAGAACUUGAUAGAAGCAGAUUUGAAGGUGAAAAACAAAACAGAGAAAAACUACAGGCACAAAUUCAUUACCCUUCUUGUGCAAGUUCUGCUGUGCUUGAACAGGAAUAUCAGACAUCAAAACUAAAUCUGCAGCAAGAACAAGAUAAGUGGCUUCUUCUAAAGGAGGAGCUAAUAGAUAAGAUUGACAUCCUGUCAAUUCAGAUUUCUAAAAUUGACAAUGAGAUCUACCAACUACAUAAUGCCCUUAAAAUGAACACAUUACUUUUAGAAGAAAUGCAGAGAGGACUUAAAGACUGGAAAGAUGAAUUAAAAGAACUCAGAAACGAAAAUCAUAUAGAAAAGAAAAAAUGGAAUAGAUCCCUUUUCGAACAAGAGUCCCUGCCAGAAACAUUAACCCAAAUGCAGAAGAAAAUUACACUGUCUCAGAAACCAUUUGAAGAUUCCCAAAACAAAGCGGUCUUCAUAUCGAAGGGUGUCCAGAUGCCCUUUAAGGAUAGCUCUAUGCCUUAUUGUGCUGACACUGCAAAAAAAGACCCUGUGCUAGAAGAGAGAAAUAAAGAGUCAGUGGAUGAGAUAAGUAUUCCUUUAAGAGAGAAACUACGCAAACUUGAAAAUGAGGAGGCAAAAAGAAAGGAUACAAUAAGAAAGCUUCCAGAAGAACUUGCAGAUUCCCAAAAAAUGAGUUCACAAGAGAUUCUGUCACAUCAAACAGUUUUAUACAUGAAGCAAAAACUACAGGAGAAAGCAGAUGAAACCACAAAUCAAAAAUCUCAAGAAGAGGAUAAGCAGAAACUGCAGUAUCUUAAGGAGAGGGGAGAUUAUAUACAAAAAAACAAUCAUAAGGGAAUUGAAUUAAGUAAGGAGAGUUCAUACUCUGAGUCUGUGACUCUGAAUCACAAUCUGAACCUCUCUGUGCUGGAAGGAAACUUUGGAAGACAGGAGCUUGCAGGUGUGAAUAGGCUUAAAAUGGAAAGUGCCACAUUUGAAGAUUCAGAAAAGCAGCAAGUGGACAAGACCGAAAAAAUUCCCAACUGUUUUUUGCAAUUUCUUCUUGAUGGAGGAGAGAUGUCUGCAGAUACUCUUGAUGACAUCACUCAAUCACUUGAAACAGACCCAGAGAAUUGUAAUUUACCUCCUUCAAAUUAUAUCGAGGAUUCAUAUUACAUUUGGGGGGAAAAGAAGGCAUUUGCUAUACAUAAGUCAUUAAUAAAAUUUAAAAAUUCUCAAUGGGCAGUACUCAAAAAAAACAUUAAAGAUUUAGAAAAGAUGAGUAUUGCAAUACAGAACGAAUUGUCCCAAAUAGGAAAACCUCAAUCAGAAUUAAAGACUGAAAAAGCAGAACAUGAGAGAGAACUCCAUAGAAGCGGAUUUGAAGGUGAAAAACAAAACAGAGAAAAACUACAGGCACAAAUUCAUUACCCUUCUUGUGCAAGUUCUGCUGUGCUAGAACAGGAAUAUCAGACAUCAGAACUAAACCUUCAGCAAGAACAAGAUAAGUGGCUUCUUAAGGAGGAGCUAAUAGAUAAGAUUGAGAUCCUGUUAAUUCAGCAUUCUAAAAUUAAAGAUGAGAUCUACCAACAGCAUAAUGCCCUUAAAAUGAACACAUUACUUUUAGAAGAAAUAGAGAGAGAAUUUAAAGAGUGCAAAGAUGAAUUAAAAGAACUCAGAAAAGAAAAUCAUCUAAAAAAGAAAAAAUGGAAUAGAUCCCUUUUCAAACAAGAGUCCCUGCAAGAAAGAUUAACCCAAAUGCAGAAGAAAAUUAUGCUGUCUCAGAAACCAUUUGAAGAUUCCCAAAACAAAGCGGUCUUCAUAUCGAAGGGUGUCCAGGUGCCCUUUAAGGAUAGCUCUAUGACUUUUUGUGCUGUCACUGGGAAAAAAGAUGCUGUGCUAGAACAGGAAUAUCAGACAUCAGAACUAAACCUUCAGCAAGAACAAGAUAAGUGGCUUCUUAAGGAGGAGCUAAUAGAUAAGAUUGAGAUCCUGUUAAUUCAGCAUUCUAAAAUUAAAGAUGAGAUCUACCAACAACAUAAUGCCCUUAAAAUGAACCCAUUACUUUUAGAAGAAAUACAGAGAGAAUUUAAAGAGUGCAAAGAUGAAUUAAAAGAACUCAGAAAAGAAAAGCAUCUAAAAAAGAAAAAAUGGAAUAGAUCCCUUUUCAAACAAGAGGCCCUGCAAGAAAGAUUAACCCAAUUGCAGAAGAAAAUUACGCUGUCUCAGAAACCAUUUGAAGAUUCCCAAAACAAAGCGGUCUUCAUAGCGAAGGGUGUCCAGGUGCCCUUUAAGGAUAGCUCUAUGACUUUUUGUGCUGUCACUGGGAAAAAAGAUGCUGUGCUAGAACAGGAAUAUCAGACAUCAGAACUAAACCUUCAGCAAGAACAAGAUAAGUGGCUUCUUAAGGAGGAGCUAAUAGAUAAGAUUGAGAUCCUGUUAAUUCAGCAUUCUAAAAUUAAAGAUGAGAUCUACCAACAACAUAAUGCCCUUAAAAUGAACCCAUUACUUUUAGAAGAAAUACAGAGAGAAUUUAAAGAGUGCAAAGAUGAAUUAAAAGAACUCAGAAAAGAAAAGCAUCUAAAAAAGAAAAAAUGGAAUAGAUCCCUUUUCAAACAAGAGGCCCUGCAAGAAAGAUUAACCCAAUUGCAGAAGAAAAUUACGCUGUCUCAGAAACCAUUUGAAGAUUCCCAAAACAAAGCGGUCUUCAUAUCGAAGGGUGUCCAGGUGCCCUUUAAGGAUAGCUCUAUGACUUUUUGUGCUGUCACUGGGAAAAAAGAUGCUGUGCUAGAAGAGAGAAAUAAAAAGUCAGUUGAUGAGAUAAGUAUUCCUUUAAGAGAGAAACUACGCAAACUUGAAAAUGAGGAGGCAAAAAGAAAGGACACAGUAAGAAAGCUUCACCAAGAACUUGCAGAUUCCCAAAAAGGAAAACUCAUGACUUCUCAAGAGGUUUUGUCACGUCAAACAAAAGUUUUAUACAUGGAGAAAAAAGUACAAGAGAAAGCAGAUGAAACCACAAAUCAACUACAGAAAUCUCAAGAAGAGGACAAGCAAAAACUGUGGUAUCUUAAGGAGAGGGAAGACUAUAUACAAAAGCUUAAAGUGGAAAGAGCCACAUUUGAAGAUGCAGAAAAGCAGCCAAUGGACAAAACUGGAAAAUUUCCCAAACAUUUUUGCAAAUUUCUUGUGAAAUCUGCUGAAGAGCAUAAGCAAAAAUUGGAUCCAUUAUCUUCAAGAAAUAGACAUAUCGAAUCUAUGAAUAGACAUCUUCAAGAAGAAGAGAAACUGAAAUAUGACAGGCUGCAUCUUAAGCAUCAUUUAGGACAACUUAACUACAAUCGACUACAAGAAUAUGGACCAAAGGUUAAAGAACAAGUGAAGGGAGAGGCUGAAGAACAAAUUCAAAAACUGAAAGCUAAAUCCCUCAGAAGAAAAAUCGUACAUCAAGAGUUGAAGGAACAUCUAGAGAGAAGCAGAAAACAAUUUUCUCAAGUAUACAGAUUUACCACAGGUCCCUUUCUGAAGCCAAUGAAUGAUGACUUUCUUGAUCCUUCUGUGGUACUUCCUAGAAGGAAUUCAAUCUUUUUUACUGAAAAUACAGAGUCUUCAGGAAAUUCUACUGAAGAUUGCUUUUCAGCGAUACAGCAGACGAUGGAAGACUCUGUAGCUAAAAGUGAUGAUGCUGUUUCUGAGCUUCCAUCUACAUCUCGCUGGGCUUCACCAAGAGGAUGUAAUAGAAGGCCAAAUAUGAAUUGGGAUCCAGUUUCCAGGAAUAAGCAAUACUGAGGAAAUUUUUUAAAAAAAUUAUGAGCUUUAAAAAAAGGAAGAAAUAAUGUACAUUGAGCUUUGAGAACUCUACUCCCAUCACUAUCAGUUUGAUAUCAAAGCUCUGUAUAUAAGACUCAAGAGCUGUGACUUGCUGAAUCCAAGUUAAUUUGCUUCAUUAUAGAAAUUUAGCAUCCCUCCACCAUUGUUUUUCCUUCUCAUAGUGACCAAGCCCACUGUGACAGAGUUAAUAAUUAAAUGCAAAGUCCCCCCAAAAUUUCUUGUACCUCUGAUUAAUCACUGGUUUAAUAGGAGCAGGUGAUCAUCUUAUGAGCACUUAGAGCAUCCAAUUCAUGAUUUGUACCAUUUCCUUACAUCUAUACUAAGGAGAAGCCUGUCCAUUUGUGGGAUAUUUCUUACUUCACCCAUCUUGUGACCCUGAUGACAUAUGAUUUCACUUACCCAUCACAUGUCAAUCAGUGGAAUUAUUCACUAUCUAUUAUGGCUGUUCUUGAAUGUCCAGACUUCUAGUCUUAUAAAAAUCGGGCCCUAGAAGGAGGAGGAAUCUCAGAUCGUGGGGAAGAGCUGAGCUCCUCUUCAUUAGAGAGAACUGUGGAUCCUUUAAGUCAGUGCCCUUGCUCAGAGCUCGACCUUAGGCUCUUCUACUGGAGGUGGGAUACUCUUAAUUUCCAUAGUGAUAGCUCCUCUGAUGGGAUAGUGAUGCAUGGGCCACAGCCUUUUUUGACCAAUCCCUGCAAGGACCCAAAAAGCAAAUGCUCACAAAGUGGCAUUUUCAUGGAAGGAUUGUCCACGGACACUGGCCUCUUGCUAUCUGCACAUAUAUUCUCUGCGCCUAAGUCCGGGGAGAGAUUCAGCAAUGGAAUUGCCAGUUCUUCACUUUCAGCCAGCUAGCUAAUUUUGAAACUUUGUGUUGGUAAGCUUCUCUCCCCAGGAAAUCUUGAAAAGAGAAAAUACGCUGGCUUACAUCAGCCGUUUUCUUCUAGGGACUGUAGAAUCUGCAUAAAAGAGACAUUAUUGCCCAUGGAGAAGAACUACAACUAUGUCAUAUUAAACAGAGCAGUCUCUAGAUCUGCCCUGAUUUACAAAAUGGACUAAACAGUUCAUACCAUGUCAUGCUGAAUGUGGCAGGACUAUUCCCACUGGAAGGAGUGUUUUGAGCUUCCUCAAAAUAUAAAGGAAAUGUGUUUUUUCUCAAUCUACUUACAUAAAAAACUCAGAGAAAUUA